GGGGGCGGUGUGAGGGGAAAGCUAGGCUAACGGUGUAGCUCCUGUAGCUGUGAACAGUUACACUCCGCUUUAUCCAGCCGAGUUUAAACGCCAGGCUGGGGGCCGAGACUACAUGAACAGACGGCGAGGUCGCGAAGAGGUUUCGAAGCCUGAACGUUUCCGUGUGUUAAAAUCAAACAGAAGUUUAUUUCUGACAGGAAUAAGCACUUUAGUCAGCUAGCUCGCGCGCUAGUUGUGUCAGAGUGCUGGAGCUAGUGACGACGGAACCGUCUAGCCGAGCUAGCUUACCGAGGGGGGGGGAGUAACUCCGUGUUCACCUUUAGCACCUAGCAUGGAUUAACCAGCGAGUUUUCAACCAUUUACAGAUUAAAGAAGGAUCUUAAAAAUCAGGGAAUUGUUUUCUUUCUGGCUCGGAAACUUGACUGAGGUUUGUUUCAUUUCCUGCUCUGCAUUCUCCUGACCUCAGUCUGCCAUCAGCAGAGAGACUGAGAGACUGAAGGGAAAAUCAGACACGGUUUCAUCCCCCUCUUCCUCCUCUUCCUUCUCCACCACCACACAACCCCUCGGUUUUCUUGGCAGUGACGAGACUCACACACACACACACAGAGGAAUGGCUGAGGGUGCUCCGGUGUCUCCUCAUCUCCUCAGGCCUGAAGGAGUGAAGCUGUAAGCCGGGCGGUGCUUUAUCACCAGAGCGGAAUGAUUUAGCAGGGUGGCACCAGCCGUGCACGUCAAUAAGAGGAGGAGGAAGAGGAAGAAGAUGGGGGUUAAUGCCUCCAGCUAUCCUCACUCAUGUUCCCCUCGAAUCGGGGGACAUUCACCCACCCAGCAGACCUUCCUAGGCACAUCCUAUGCACCCCAGGGUUAUGGAGUCGAGUCAAAACUCUACAGCUUGGAGCAUUGCCCCGAGAAACCUCAGGACAAGAAGAAGAAGAGCUCGAGCUUGGCCACGCUGAAGCGGCGGUUCAUUAAGCGGCGUAAGGCAAGCCGUUCAGCUGAUCACGCUCGCCACAUGAGGGAUCUGCUCUCAGGCUGGGACGUACGCGAUGUCGCUGCCCUGGUGGAGGAGUACGAGGGCACGGCCGCACUCAAGGAGCUCAGUAUGCAGGCGUGUCUGGCCCGCCCCGAGGCUCGCACCCUGCCCCAGGACCUGGCCUCUCUUUACCAGCACAAAUACUGCACGGACGUGGAGCUCAUAUUUCAGGACACGCGCUUCAGCGCACACCGAGCUGUCCUGGCUGCACGCUGCCCCUUCUUCAGGACUCUGCUGUCCUCGUCACCCGGGUACAGCACUCAGCUGCUCCUGGAUGUGGGCACGGCAGGGAUGGACGCCUCCAUGUUCUCAGCGCUGCUGCGUUACCUUUACACCGGGGAGCUGGGCGCCGAAGACACCCGCCUGCACAACGUGGACGUCCUGUUGAGGCUCAGUGAGGAGUUCGGCACGCCCAGCUCUCUGGAGACGGACAUGCGUGAACUACGCCAGAGAAUGUGUUACUACGACUCUGUGCUCUGCUUCUCUUCCGACUCCGAGCCAGACGAACCUUUCGUAGCAGACAUGAGCGGAGAGGAAGAGGAGCUGAAGGCCCAUAAGGCCGUGCUAGCGGCCCGCUCGCCGUUCUUUAGGAACCUGUUACAGCGGCGCGUACGCACGGCCGAAGAGGAGACCACACCCGCGCGCAUCGUCCUGAACGAGUCCAUCAUCCCGAGGAAGUAUGCGGGCGUGGUGCUGCACUGCAUGUACACGGACGUGGUGGAGCUGGAGCGCGUGGUGCGGAGCAGCCCCUCGGCCGGCAGUCUGGGUGAAGCUCAGGCUUUAGCCGCGGGGAAGGGAAGCAUGAGCAGAGCUGAGGAAGCCAUGGAGCUCUACCACAUCGCACUCUUCCUCGAGUUCAGCAUGCUCGCACAGGGCUGUGAGGAUAUUGUGGUGGAGAGCAUCUCUCUGGACUCAGUGGUUCCCAUCCUGAAGUGGAGCUCACAGCCGUACGGCUCCAAGUGGGUCCAUCGUCAGGCCCUGCACUUCCUGUGUGAGGAGUUCAGUCACGUGAUGACCUCAGACGUCCUGUACGAGCUGAAUAAGGAGUACCUGCUGGGGGCCAUCCAGUCUGAUUACCUGCAGGCCAGUGAGCAGGACAUCCUGAAGUAUGUGGUGAAGUGGGGAGAACACCAGCUCAUCAGGAGGAUGGCUGAUCGAGAGCCCAACCUGCUGAGCGGCACGGCCCACAGUGUGAAUAAGCGCGGAGUGAAGAGGCGGGAUCUGGACGUGGAGGAGCUGAAGGAGAUUCUGUCCCCGCUGCUGCCUUGUGUGCGCACUGACCACAUUCUGCCCACCAACAGCGAGGUCCUCUCCGACACGCUGAAGAGAGGUCUGAUCAGCACGCCUCCAUCAGACAUGAUCCCCACGGUGGAGGGAGGAAAAGCCAACGCCUGGCUGAGGCAGAAGAGCGCCGGCAUCUAUGUGCGUCCUCGUCUCUUCACUCCGUACGUGGACGAGGCCAAGGCUGUCCUGGACGAGAUGAUGGUGGAGCAGACGGAUCUGGUGAGGCUGCGCAUGGUGCGCAUGUCCAACGUUCCUGACACUCUUUACAUGGUCAAUAACGCCGUACCCCAGUGCUGUCACAUGAUCAGCCACCAGCAAAUGGCUGGCAGCCAAACAGCCCCACCUUCAGUGGUGGCCAAUGAGAUACCAGUUCCCAGGCUAGCAGUGGUGAAGGAGAUGAUCAGGCGGCUGCAUGAGCUUCGUCACACAGAGCAGGUCCAGCGAGCGUACGCCCUGAACUGUGGUGAGGGAGCGACGGUCAGUUACGAGCUGCAGAUACGAGUGCUCAGGGAGUUCGGUCUGCCUGAUGGAGCUGCAGAACUGCUUCAGAACCCCCACAAGUUCUUCCCUGAUGAGCGUUUUGGAGACGAGAGCCCGGUGCUGGCGCUGCGUCCUCCCAAUCGCUGUCGGGUUAACAGCACUCCAGCUGUGGAGAGCAUGUUCACAGACCUUCAGUCAGUGAUGGGACUCCAUCCACCACUGCCUCCACCACCACCACCGUACCACCCCCCCACCACGCAGCAGAUCCGGAGUGGCUGGAGGCCCCGUGUCCCCACCCAGCAGCCCUCACGCUCAUUCUCCUACCCCUGUAAUCACUCGCUGCUACACACACAGACAUCCUCCAAAAUGGGCAGCCCCAUUUACCCAUCUACUGGGGUCAAGGCCGUGCCUCCGGACUGUACCAACCCGCAGGGCAGGAUCCUCAACCCAAACAAGAAAGGGAACAUGGAGCCAGUCAUCAACGAGUUCAUGCCGGACAUCGCCAUGGGUGUAUCAGCCAUGAGUCUGAAGGACCGCCGCCUUCCUGAAGUCACCAUGGAAGUGGAAGUUCACGACCCCCGUCCCUUAGUCUCCACGGUGCCUCCCAUCUCUCAGUGCUUCUCUGGACGCCACCCGCACUCCUCUUCACGCAAACGACACGCGGCCGAGCCCAAACCCGACGCGCCGCAGCACCCGCACUUCCCCGACCUGUACGAACUCUACACGCACAACCGCAAUGACGCCGCACAUAGGCUCCACCACGCCCUUGGAGCUCAGGCCAACCAGAGGGUGCCACCCAAAGGAGAGACUGACCUGACGUGUGGCCUGAGCCCCGACACAGAACCCUACGACGAGUGGAACCCGAGCCGAAGGGUCGCGGGCGCCGCCGCAGCAGGGAUGGGGGAGGAGGGAGGAGGAAUGGGGGGUCGAGAGCGCAGGUCACCUAACAAACACGAAUACCUGUACAGGAAGUCCGCACUAUGACCCUGGAGAGAGACUCAAGAAGGCUUUAAGGCACAAAAUCACAGAUUUAAUGCUUGGGUUUGAUUACCGGGGCGGGGGGAUAUGAUGAAUAUAUCUUGUCCACAUUUUAUUUUAAAUAUUUAAAGCCCCUGAUUAAGGGCGCCGAAGCUAAAACUCACUUGGGUUCCUGACAAUCAGCAUAGAAAUGAAAUCUCGACAAGUUCCCAAGCCGCGUCAUGAUGCAGAACCGUCACUGUGCGCUCCCAUUACAUUAAUUUCUCUGCCUUUGAGUUGAACACACUAGCUGAGAGAGAAAGAGACAGAAAUCUAUAUUUAUACAGAUGUAUUAUGCAUUUAUCUUGCUUAGGAAUAAACCGUCAAAUAAAUAUGUCCAGGCAAUAAGUCACCUCAUCCAGACAUCACAAACAUGACACGUUUAAACACCAGUGCUGCGUUCAUGACUCGGAACUAGGAAGCAGAAUUCCUUCUGAACUCCUUCACUGCUCUGUUUCACUUUCUGAUCAUAAACUGAAAUGUAGACUUGCUUUAUUUUUAAUCCAAGUCCAUCUUUAUGGAUUGUUAUUUAAACAGAUGUGAAACUUCACACGUUUUGCUUUAGGAGCUCCAGGACUUUAGCAUCGCUGCCUCAAGUCGUCGCUCAAAAAUAUGCAAAAACACUCCAGAUGAGUCGACUGGCCUGAACCUGGAGUGGCGUAGGUGUUUCGUGCUCGCUCAUAUUAACUGACCUUCUCUUGAAGCUCCGCCCCCUUCCACUCACAAUAGUAGCUUAAUACUAAAUCCUUUUAUUUAAUAAUUUAAAAAAAAGAAUACAGUUUUAAGCAAUUGUAAAGAUUUUGACAUUUCACUUCCUCAAAUCUGUUUCCCAUAAUUGUUAUUUAAAAACAAAUUAUAUCUAAAAAAUAUCACGAUAUCCCAGAAAAAUGUAUUGUGACGCAUUUCAUCACAAUAAUAAUGUUAUACACUCUAUUGCCAAAAGUAUUGGGACACCCCUCAAAAAUCAUUGAGUUCAGGUGUUGUUUUUCAGGGGUUGGACUCGGCCCCUUAGUUCCAGUGAAAGGAACUCUUAAUGCUUCAGCUUCAUACCAAGACAUUUUGGACAAUUUCAUGCUCUUUGUGGGAACAGUUUGGGGAUGACCCCUUCCUGUUCCAACAUGACUGCACACCAGUGACCAAAGCAAGGUCCAUAAAGACAUGGAUGAGUGAGUUUGGUGUGGAGGAACUUGACUGGCCUGCACAGAGUCCUGACCUCAACCCCAUAGAACACCUUUGGGAUGAAUUAGAGUGGAGACUGUGAGCCAGACCUUCUCGUCCAACAUCAGUGCCUGACCUCACAAAUGUGCUUCUAGAGGAAUGGUCAAAAAUUCCCAUAAACACACUCCUAAACCUUGUGGAAAGCCUUCCCAGAAGAGUUGAAGCUGUUAUAGCACAUUCAUGUGCAUGUAAAGGCAGACGUACCAAAACUUUUGGCAAUAUAGUGUAUCAUCAUAUCACCCAGAUCUAACUCCAAAUAGAUUCUAAUCAAUUUCAAUCAUUAAAAAAGUACUAGAUAGAAAUAAACAUUUUUUCACUUCUCCUCCUCAGUUGGAGAAUCGCUUUUCAAGGAUCAGAUAAAACAGUGUUGAUUAACGAUUCAUUAAUUACCGCAGUUUAAAAAUAAAGCACUAUCUGAACAAGAUGGAGUUUAACCAGCUGUCAUGAACGUAGCAUGGUUCUGUACACAGCAGACACUCGGUUAUAAAGCUGCUCACAUCUCACCGUGUUCCUCACAGCUCCUGGAGGGUUUUGGUUGUAAAGAUGCUUACUCAAAAAACAAUUCACUCUUUCAUGUUCUGUCUUUUUUCCUUUAGAGAUGUAUAUACAGCAGGUAAAAUAAUACUGAACACGUCACCAUUUUUCUAAAUAAGGUGCUAUUGACAUGAAAUUUCCACCAGAUGUUGGUAACCACCAAUGCAAUCCACACAUGCAAAUAAAUCCAACCAUAGAUGUCCAUAAAUGAAGUUCUGUGUAAUAAUGUGAAAUGACACAGGAGGGAAAAAGUACUGAACAGAUGAAGAAAAGGAGGUGUAAAAAGGCAUGGACAGCCAGGACACCAGCUGAAAUCAAUCAGUAAUUAGAAAGCAAUCCUGCCCCUGGUCAGUGCAAAUUAAUAUAAGAGCUGCUUCAGUCCCAACUACUGAUGGCCUUUAUCUGGAUGGAUUAAAGCAAAGAUCUCUCUUAAGAACCUUAUUGUUGCAGAACGUACUGAUGGUACUGGUUACAGAAGGAUUUUGAGAAGAAUGGUGACUUAUUUUACCCGCUGUAUCUCUGUCCUUACACUCGUCUCUCAUCCUUUAAUACAGCUGCGUCAUCAUCAUCAUCAUCAUCACCAUCACCAGCCCUGGACGUGGUCUCAGACUCGACAUAUAAGAAGCAGCAUGAGGGACUUUAUUGUUUUGGGUUUUUUUUAAA